AGACGGAAUUCUCACUAAGCUCCCUUCUUCGCCAUUCACCACCCCUAGGUCUCUACGCCCUUCUCACCAAAACAACAAGCCAGGUCUUGGAAAUUUUUUCUAAACCCAAAUUCUAAGGAGAUUCCUCAAUGCCGUCAUCCUCGAUUUCACCCCUUGUCCUGCGGCACGUAACCAAUGCAUGCCAUGAUUCAGGGCCUCUGAUCCCGCCUCUCUGCAUCCCCCAUGGACCAGGCAGUGUGGUUCAACAUGUCGACCUUCAACGGCAUCAUCCAUGAAUUCACAGACAUAAGGGUUGAUUUCUUCCGCGGCUUCGGCCUCCAACCCCCACUGGCCUGCUUCCUGAGCCACGUGCACACUGACCAUCUGGCCGGGCUAGAUAGGCUCAGAAGCCCCUUCGUCUAUUGCUCGGCCGCAACUAGGGAGAUUCUGCUUCGCCUCGAGAGGUACCCUUGCCGGUUGAACUAUGCCAGGGGCAUCUUCGAGGAUCCGCGGAUGCAGACAUAUAAGCACCUUGCCAAAGUUCUAAAGCCGAUUCCUCUCGAUACUCCUACUGAGCUUGAGCUGAAACCCGGCGUACGCAUCCAGGUCACGCUUCUCGAUGCCAACCACUGUCCUGGUGCUGUGAUGUUUCUGAUUGAGGGCGACGGCAAAGCCAUCCUUUACACAGGGGAUAUGAGGAGUGAACCAUGGUUCGUUAGCUCGGUCGCUCGGAGUCCUGCCAUGAUUGAGUACUCGACAGGGUUAAAGACUCUCGACCGUAUCUAUCUCGAUACGUCGAUUUUGGACGACUUUCCGCUGCAGACCAAGGCCGAGGGGCUCAGUGAGCUCCUGGGGAAAGUUUCCCGAUAUCCUAAAGACACCAUAUUCCAUAUCAAAGCGUGGACUUACGGGUAUGAAGACGUCUGGGUUGCCCUGUCGAAGGCCUUAGGCUCGAAGAUCCACGUGGACAAGUACAAGAUGGGCAUAUACAAGUCACUCGUAACAAAGUCGACAGAUAACCGCUUCGCUGCUCAGACUCAUCUGACGAAGGAUGCCCCAUAUCUCGUGGGGUUCACCUGCGGCAAUAUUCAGCGAGAGGGGUGUCUGACACUAGACGAAGACGUAAGGAUUCAUAGUUGCGAGAAAGGGAUGGGAUGUCAUGUUACAGAAGUAAAACCGAUAGUCUGGAUUCAGCCCAUCGUGGCACACCUUGAAAAUGCCCGAGAUAUGGUCGAAGUUGGCAUCGGUGGAGGCGGCGAUGACCUUGCCCAGAAGUUAACGCUCGACCCAGAGGAUAUCUCAAAACUGAUCGACAUAGUCCGCGACAAGAACGAAUUGGUGGCUCAGCCAGGGAACGAGAUCAAGGACAUCCUCGAGAAUGCUCUAAUCGGCUUUCGGGAGGUUGUCCUCGAUUUAGACGCCCCCGAGUUUACCAAAGAAGAAUCCUUCAAGGAGAUCAUAGCGUCGCUGGUCAAGAAAGCGAAGGCGAUCUGCAACCCGAUCCGAAGUCUUGGUGACCAAGGAGAACAUCACAACGCACUUCCCAAUCACAUAGUCUUCCCGUACGCGAGACACUCGUCUCUGCCCGAACUGCGGCACUUCGUCGAGACUUUCCGGCCCAAGGACAUCUGGCCGUGCACGGUCAACCCGCGGUCCUGGAACAAGAGGGGCAUCACGAUGCGGGGGCUCUUCGGGGACUGCUGCUCUGGCGACAGCUUUGAGCACGAUGCGCUAAUGGAGCGGUGGUCGAGCCUUGGACGCAGCUCGCGGGAAAGAGAAGGCAAGCCAGGGGCAGACUUCGACACGCAGUCGACCUCGGCUCACCCCGACGCCUCAAGCCAACCGACCCCACCUGCUGACUCCCCCGCGGUAGACGAGCCCAACGAUGGGAGUUGCACACCAGCAGACGAUGGGCCGCUAGCGGAGGACGUAAGCUGCCCUGGCCCCGCGCUCACGCCGGAAACAACCAGGUCGCCGCCACCGCCGCCGAGUAAGCGUGACCACGACGCAUUCCUCCUAGAUAGUCAGGGAGCCGAGACAGACUCCUACAGCGACGCCGAUCUCCAGGACUCCCAAGCCUCGGCGCUGUCCGCGCACGCGUACGAGACGAGGCUGCACGCCUUCCUGACGGCCCGGGCCAACGUGGAGGGCGGUGGCGCCUGGGGGACCAUCAAUCUGAUAUCCACGACGGACAACCACAGCGUGAUAGAGCCGGAGCUUGGAGGGCCGUAAGUGCGCAUGCAUAUUCGUAGAAUAUAAAUAUAGAAAGGUGAAGGGAAAAUAGCGAUAGAGAAGCCUUGAGCGGUUGCUAAGCACGAGGCGUUAACACGGAUAUUCAUCCUUUGGGCGUUGGGAGAACACCCAUGUGGCAUGGGGGCAUAUACGUAUACACACGCGCAAUACAGAUUUUAACCCGGCUUAGCCUGCGAGAUUCCUCGUCUUC